AUGGGCGAUGACUCGCUGUAUGGCGCGAAUUCACCUACAUAUUCACUCGCCGUGCAGCAGUGGAUAGACGAGUCACAUGAUCCCGCCAACAACCACUUCACUCAAGCAACACCCUACGGCCUAUUACCUGGCACUGCUUUUCCUGACACCGCGCUAACGCUACUUUCUCCAGCUGAACAAGCCGCGCAGCAGAACCAGACACCACCGGCAACCCCUCGCUUUGACCCUGCAGUGCUCCUCAACCCAAAGUCAGCACCGAAGCGACCAGCAUCCUCGUCAGAAGGAAGCGAGCGCAGCCGCGCCGUCCCCAACAGUGCCGGUCAAGUAUCGCUUGUAGAGCGCCUGCACAACGUUCAAGAGCGCGCCGCGUCUCCAGCAAAGCGUGUCAAGACGGCCGAAGAGCAGCAGCGCAAGAAGAAGUCUUCGAACGGUGCUCAUUUCGGUGGCGGCAGUGCUCUUGACUUAAACAAGAACGGGAACACUCCUGUACCUCCACCCGCCCAGGUCGACCUCACGAUGAGCGAUGAUGACGAAGUUGAGGUUGUCCAGGACAACAUGUCCCAAAUGAUCUGCAUUGGCAAGGUCGAGCAGGCAUACAUUAUGAUGCAUACUGUGCCAUUUCCCGAUACGAAGAAGUACAUCGGCAACCACGGCGCGCUGGGCAGAAUCAAAGUGGCCUUUCGGAGAGCCGGUCAACGAUCCGACAUCGCAAUUCUCGUCACAGACGCUGCGGGCAAGGAGUUUGGCAAGGUCGAUGGCAAGACUGCGCAAGCCAUCGUUCCGCUCAUAGAUGGUGCUAAGAGUAAUGGCAUGAUGUGGAUGGCUUGGACUGACCCACGCAAGCGAUCGGGAGGUGAACCCACUACACCCGGAACCCAACACCAUACGCUCAUAUCGAUGACUCUGCAGUUGUACUGUCCGCGCAAGAACGCUCACGGCAUCAGCAAGUACCUAAAGAACAAGAACGCAAAGUUGACGAGGCCGCAAUGGGAGCUUGAUAGGUACGACUACUUCAACCCACAAACGCAGGAAGCCGCUACGAGAGUCCAACUGCAGCAUCCGACUCUUGAUGCCCACACAAACAUGCGUGCAGGCCAUGCUUCGGCCAUGUCAAUGGCCAACUACGUUCUGCGUAGCGUCGACGAAAUUCGCGACGACGUUCAGAACGUGUUCGACUCUGUUGUUGGCAGUUCAGAAGAAGUACCCAUACGCGAACCGUCUUCACACAUCAAGACCGAGCUCUACCCUCACCAGAAGCAGGCCCUACACUUCAUGUGGAACAGGGAGCAAGAACUUACUGGCGAAGAGGGUGACAGAUCUGAUCCGCUUUGGAAGCCACGUUAUCUCGACAACGGCCGUAAGAAGUUCAUCCAUGUCAUCACCGGUCUGGAACAGGAAGAGAAGCCCAAGCCUUGUCGAGGUGGCAUUCUCGCAGAUGAAAUGGGUCUGGGCAAGACACUCAGUGUCCUCUCUCUUGUUGCUGACAAUUCUUCCAUCAAGGAUUCUCGAGAGUUUGCGACAAAGAAGCCUCCGCGGAACCAGGACAACAACGCAUCAGCCAUUCAACCAGUCAUCAACAGUCGAGCCACUCUUCUUGUCUGCCCUCUUAGCACAAUGACAAACUGGAAAGAGCAGAUCAAGGACCACUUCCCUGCCGGCAGCGCACUCAAGUGGACGCGCUAUCAUGGCAGCGAGCGAUUCGACGUGAGACCGAAUGAGUUGGCAGACAACGACAUCGUCGUCACCACCUAUCACAUCAUCGCCAAAGACAUGCUUGACAGGAAGCGUGCACUACCUUACAUCAACUGGUUUCGCAUCGUAUUAGAUGAAGCCCACACCAUUCGCAACCCUACGGCGCAGUCGAAGGCUACAAUCGCGCUCCCAGGACAGCGGCGAUGGGCAGUCACCGGAACCCCUGUUCAGAACCGUCUUGAGGAUCUUGGUGCGCUGUUCAAUUUCAUCAAGCUGAAUCCCUUCGACUCAACUUAUGGCUUCAACCUCUACAUUCUCAGCCCGUUCAAGGCCGCCGAUCCAGAAGUCAUUCCCAAGCUACAGCUUUUAGUCAGCACAGUCACCAUCCGCCGGACAAAGGAAAUCAUCAAGAACGAAGUGCCGGGACGCAAGGACAUGAUUGUCAGGCUGAAGUUCUCCAAGGCCGAGCAGCAGCUUCACGACUGGUUCGAGAAGGAUACACAGCGCAAGGUUAAUGCCGUCACAACAGGCGACAAGAUGGGAGGCCACUCAUACGCACGCAUUCUGACGGCUAUUCUCAACCUUCGACUCAUCUGCGCUCACGGUCGUGACCUGCUGAGCGAAGAGGCAUUGAAGACAACAGAUGGCAUGUCGUCCGAUCAGCCUAUGGAGAUUGGCGACGAGGAAGAAGAGCUGCCAUCUCUUACACGACAACAGGCUUACGAGAUGCUCGACAUGCUCGGACAGACUAGCGCGGAUCUGUGCGCCUACUGUCACAAAUCUGUCUUCAACGACGUCGACACAGAUGAUGAGGACGAGGACGGCGACCCCCCUAACCUGAUCGGCCACAUGACGUCGUGUUAUCACGUUGUCUGCCCGAAGCACACGAAGAAGCUGAGAACAGACUUCACCAACAACAGGAGCGAGGAUGGCAUGGUUAGGUGCCACUUCUGUGAGGACAGGGUCAAGCCCUCCUUGUUUGAAUUAAAUCGCAACGACUACCAAGAUUUCUGCGACGAGCGCGACAAGAUGCGCAAGGACCCCAAGCUCUCCAAGAAGAUCAACAGUUACGCGGGCCCGCACACAAAGACCCAGGCUUUGCUCAACGACCUAGCGGAGUUCCACGCGUGGAGUCACGAUCAUCCUGACGAGCGCCCGAUCAAGAGCGUCGUAUUCUCCAGCUGGACAACCCACCUCGACCUCAUCGAAAUCGCUCUCAAAAACCACUCGCACACCUACGUCCGCCUCGACGGCCGCAUGUCCCGCGACGCGCGCGACAAAUCCAUGCGCGUCUUCCGUGAAGACCCGUGCAUCCGCGUCAUGCUCGUCUCGAUCGGCGCCGGCGGCUUGGGCCUCAAUCUGACCACCGCCAACAAAGUCUUCAUGAUGGAGCCCCAGUUCAAUCCUGCUGCUGAAGCGCAGGCUGUGGAUCGCGUGCACCGCUUGGGCCAGGACAGGGAGGUUACGAUUAAGAGGUUCAUUAUGGAGAAGAGCUUUGAGGAAAAGAUGUUGGUUCUGCAGGGCAAGAAGAAGGCGCUUGCGGACCUGACGAUGGCGAGGGGGAAGAGGAGUAAGGGGGAGGAUUCGAAGAGAAGGCUGGAGGAGUUGAGGAGUUUGUUCAGAUGA